AUGAUGCGCGAAGUGUUCGAGGCCUUUUUGACGGACCCGAUCCGUGUGAACGAGGACGUUUUCGCCCUCUGGCUGGAGGGGCACAAUGCAGGAGACGCGCUGGCAGCUCGGUUGCGCCUCCCGUCGGCCGUUCCCAUGCCGUUCCUGGGCGGAGACGCCAAGCUGCGCGAGCUCCUUUGGCGGGACACCGUGGACCAGUACCGCCUGUACGACAAGCUGGAGCACUACCUGUCGCAGCCGAGUCUGUUCCGCUCCCAGCUUCUGUUCCAGAUCCCGCCGGCGCAGCAGUACUACAUGGUAGAGCGCUACUACUCGCGGGACGUCGACGUGGACCGCUGGCUGCUGGGCAAGAAGCUCUCCGGGCGACUGGAAAAAGACCUGGACGACGUCGCUGAGCGUUCCGGGCGCACGCUCAAGAGCUGCCGCCGGCAGCUGGAGAACCUGCGCCGGGUGUACGCUGCUGUGGAGGACCGCAACUUCCACGGACUGCCGUGCAGAGCCGUCAGCGAGCUGUUCCUGCUGUCCGAGCAGCUCGCCAGCAAGUACGCGUGUCUGCUCUUCAUCCUGCACACGAGGUUCCAGGUGCACCCGCAACACCCAGUCACAGGAUUUCUAACCUGGCCGGACCUGCGCUUCUUCGCUGCGCUGCUCAUGACGCACUGGCUGCCGCAGCGGAAGACGCUGUCGAAGCUCGCGUUCCCCAAAGGAGCCUCCAACAAGAACACGGUGGAAGACGUGGUUGAAAACGGUGCUCAGAUCGCGCUACGGCCACCGAGCACUGGAGAUUGGCCAGCGAUUGGCUUUCUGCAGGAGAAGUUGCAGUCGACGAGCGUACGGGAGACGGUGGGGCUGGAUCUGAGUCAUCCAUUGACGAACUGCCUGCGCGACCUCAAGGCUCAUCUUAUCAAUGACAACGACGUUCUCAAAGUGUAUCGUGAGAAAAUCAUGACUCGUUUGAGGUCGUGGGCUGCUGCAGAGGGCACGCUCAGUGAUAGCGCUCGCAGCCUGGGCGAACUCGAGACCAAGCUCUACCUAGUGGUGCAUGGUUUCUUGACCAUCGGAGCUGGAUUAUCCCAACCGAAGGAGCUGCAGCACCUGCUGGAGCAUUUGCUGACUCGAGUUGUGCGCGUACUGCACGACUGUGAAAUAAACAAGCAGCAGCUUAACGGCCUCUUCAGCGCGCUAGUCGACGCGUUGGCUGAGCUGGACGUGUGGUACCUCAACGGUCAGGAGACUCGUGGGCUAUUACUUGCUAGCUGGAACCGCUUCAUCAGCGUCUGUCGAGCAGUAGUGCUUACUGUCUACGAUCGCUGCCACCCUUCGGCGAUCAUGGCGUACCAGCAAGCGAUGGCGGGUGAUGCAGCGGACGAGUCAUCCUUAUCGGCGCAUGCCGCCAGUCGCGUUGCAAUCGCAUUCGAGUCGCGUGACUGA